AAACCUCUCUUUCUCUCUCUUCUUCACAGUCCCCGUCUCUCUCUACAACAAUCACCAGCACUAGGAAAACCCCUCUUCUCUCUCCUCGCGGGACGCUAGGGUUUCUCCAAACCCCGCACUCAAAUUGUACCCAUUGGACGACGAAUCGAUUCUCCAAGCUGCUUUUUUCUUCUUCUCCUGGAGCUCCUCUAUCAGCUGAUACAAAUUUCUUCGCUCGCCGUGAAGGAUCAAAUUUGGGUUCGUGAAGGAUCGAAUUUUCGCUCGGAUUCGGGCCGGAUUAUCCAGGUCAAAGUUUCUGGGAGAUUACAAUGGUUGGAGUAGAGGAGAACCGUUAUUGAGGAUUAAUCAACUUCGAGCUGUUACCAAUGGAUUCCUCUAUUAAGAUCAACUCAAUAUCCGUAGAUCUUGCAGGCACCACCAAUGAGGUUGACACGGGGAAAUGCGAGCAUUUCUCCAUACGUGGGUUCGUAGCUGAGAUCCGUCAGAGAGACCUUGGAAAAUGUUGGCCAUUUUCAGUGGAUGGUGCUGAUUUGGAGGACAAUAGCUAUCCUCUCCCUUCUUUAUCUGUUCCAAGAUCUAGGUGGUGGCGUUGUACUAAUUGCCUCAAAGAUAUCGAUGCCGAAGGGAUGAAUGGCAGUGGUUGUCAGCUUUAUUCAAAUUCAAGAGCUCUUAGGGAGAAAAAGGUCGUCGAUGCUAAUUUGCCGAUUAUCCUUAGUAAAGGCGAUUGGAAUUCUCUGACCAGCGCCAACAAGAAAGAAAGGAAAGCUGAUACUGCAGGUAAAAUCACUGAUGGGAAUGCGAAAGUAAAUCAUGAUGAAAGAUGUCGAACGGAAAAUCGGACAGCUACAUUGCUCAAGAAAGCACGACGUAGAUCUGCGGAUGCUGCUACUGUUGGGAGGAAGAGCAGAAAGCUUGCCAAUCCAGAGCAGGCCAUUAAGAAAUCUAAAGAAAAGGUUAACGCUUCGGUGGAUAUUAAUCGGAAAGAGAACACUGAGGAUACGAAUGGUCAAUUUGGGGAGGCUCUGACAACCUUUGGCUCAUCUGAGAUAGCUGGUGUGGUUGAGGAUACGCCCAAGGCAAUCAAGAAUCAUAAAGGCAGCCGUGUUUUGAUGGAAGAUGAAUGUGAUAAUGUGUCAUCAGAAAGUGCAAUCAUGGUGAAGAAUCUUCUCGAUCAGAACCCUGAUUAUAUGAGUGGUUUGCAGCGUAGGAAAGCUCGAAAGGUUCGUCUGCUCAGCGAGUUAUUGGGUAAAUCCAGCACAAAGAAUGGUAAUGAUGUUGGAAAUGAAGAGUCUCCAUCCAAGAAGGAAUCAGUCAGAGGUAGAAAAAGAAAAUCAUCUGGAGAUGAAGAAUGGCGACCUCCUGAGAUGGCGACACCUGAAAAUAAUUACGCCAACAGGAAAUUAAGUACAAUUGGCAAAAAUUCUGAAAACUCCUCCCAGAGUUGUGACUCUGAAGGCAAUGUGCUGUCUGCCUUAGGCUCACAACCAAGUGUGGAGAGUCAAUCUACUGACAGCGGAUUUGACAAAGAUCCUAUUAAGGGUAAGCAGAAAAACAGAAGGUUUCAGGUGGUUGACGAGCAUUUGCCUGCAGUUUCUCGGGAAAAUUCGCAGAAGAGUUUCCAGGAAAACGGUGAAAGCUCACCUAAUUGCAACACUGGCAAGAAUAAUUUCCCCACUCCUGUUCGUUCUUCAUUUACAGGUAAAGAGUCGGUUCCUUGCCCUCUGCGUACUCAGAGAACAGAGAGAAAGCCUAGUUUAGUCAAGAAGAAGAGCAAGAAGUCCACAAUUGACAACAAUCGGAGUACCAUGAUCGGUUUUGGUGACAGCAUGACUGGAGCAAAUCAAAUAGAAACAAGAAAACCAGAAGUGUUGCAUAUUAGAGACAUAAACGCAGUUUCCCAGACUACUCGAGAUGUGUCAAAUGGGAAAGGGCCUGACCUUUCACUGGACAAAACUUUGGUUUCAGAUGGAUAUGUUAGAAAAUAUAUUCCGCAGCUUGAUCAAAGGCCGGUCUUUUCAUUGCCUUUGCAAAACAUACAUCACCGAGACGAUCAUGUGAGACAGAAAGAAGCAGAGACAAACCAUUUUCGAGAUUUCCCUUCCCCUUCUAAAUCCAAUACGGAUGGAUGUGGUGGAACUCAGGUUUAUAUUGAUCUCAGCUGCAAUAGCAAUUCCAAUAGAGUGCCUUUCCUGCAUGAGAAUCUAAGGCAAACCCCUUCUACAGAAGUUGAUCACCCUCUUGCGCCGCAAAAGGAUACUUCUGGUGCAUACGAUAAAGGGAAGGGAGUUCUUAUCCAAAGCGAUAAUAGAAAGGAGAAGACACCGGACCAUAUAGAUGAUAUUCCAAUGGAAAUAGUUGAGCUCAUGGCCAAAAACCAAUACGAAAGGUGUCUGCCUGACAAAGAAGAAGACACCAUGAAGAAUAACAAACAGCCAUUGCAAACAAAGGCCGGCAAAAAGAAUGGAUUGCUGAUUGAUCUCAAUCAAACCUAUGAAAAUGUUGUUUCACUGGAAGACAACACAUUGAGGAAACCAAAACCUCGCAGUAAGAAUGCGAGCAAGGAAGACGCGACUAAAGGAGAACAUUUUUCCUCUGUGAAGCCAAACUCUGUGGAUUUUUUCCCGAUAAGUCAGUUUGGUCACCCUUAUGUGCCUUCUGGGUUGGGGAUAUUUCCUCUUACCCGAGAGAAACCAUUGAACUCCAUCCAGUUUUCUGGUUCAGGAUCUAGUGGGCAGAGCAUUAAUAGUUGUCAGUGGCUGGGGAAUCUGCCAACUGUGGCUAGUCAGAGCCCAUCCCCUUCCCCGUUUCGGGUAUUUCGUCCAUGUAACACAUGCCAGAGUGUUCCACAUCCGUAUAGAGAAGCUUCCCAUCCUAUGUGGCCGUCUUCUAUGGUACCACAGAAUCAAACGCCUGUUUCUUUCAACAUGACUCGGAAGUUUGUGGAUCAGCCAACCAGGCGGGAUAUGCUUUCACGGGGUUCCAACAGCGAUAUGAAUUCGUGGAACCUUAACUUUCUUGAUAAUGGAAAGCAAAAACGUGGGCCUGAUUCGGAAUUCUCAUUCCGUUGCAAACAUAGUGGGAACGAUAGCAGAUCCUUAGACCCUUAUGCUAAUGAGAGCAGUAUACCGGCAAUGCACCUACUCAGCCUUAUGGAUCCACGGCUGAGGUCAAACACUCUCGUUGACCUCCCCGGAAACCCUGAACUCCCGAAAAGACCUUUUCCGCAAGGUCACCAAUCAAAGGAAUUUAUGGGCCUCCAACCAGGGGACUGUAGUAAGAGACCCAGCUCAACAAAAAAGCUGUCCUUUGAUUUUUACAGCAAGAGACCGGCAGGUGAGACCCUCCGAGAAAAUUUUCCCGUCAUUUCAGCAGUUGGCACGUCUUCAUUAUCGUUUCAAAGUGAUAAGAGUGUCGCCAGAGGUGCUGAUUUUACGGUCCAAGGUCCAUGGUAUACAAAAGAUGUCGUUUCACCUAUUCACAGCAGUCAUCAAAAGUCCUUCUUUACAAGCAGCUGUGACCCGGGAAAAUUCCAGCUUCUUGGGGCAUCGGAUUCUAUGAUGCUCCCUCUGAAAUUUCACACAACAGACUAUGCCAAGAAAACCAAGGCAAAAACACAGAGCUGCAAUGCCUCUGCAUUGCCACCAAAGAGCAAUUCUGGUCCUAUUAUGUGCAGUAUGAAUAGAAACCCAGCUGAUUUCACCAUUCCUGAACCUGGAAACAUUUACAUGAUAAAGGGUGAAGACCUGAAGUUCAGAAAACGUGGAAGCUCGAAGAAGAAACCGAGCUUGUCUAAACAGGAUGAUGCAUUGAAGCAAAACAGGACGCCUGUUCGUCCAGCCACUGAAAAUGCGUGAUAUAUAUACAAGUUAGGAGUAUGCAGUAUGGAACAGAUACAGGUGAAAUUAGAAGACUAGCACAGAUGAUGAAGAGGGGUUUCCGCCAGCCGAUGAUAACGGACGGGGGGAGGGGCUUUCAGAUAAGAGGGAAGCACCUAAUGCCCCUCCCUCGCUCGGCCCUUGUCGGGUGGAAAACAUUAAAAACAAAAAAUCCGUUUAGACAAUAACAGUAAGAGCUUUCCUCUGUUCGUGUCCUUGACUGUGGUUUCUUGUUAUUUACAGUUUAGAUGUCUGUACUGUUGUUGUUGUUUUGUUUUGUUUUGUUUUGAGUCCACAUGAUGUAUCAUGAGGAAUUGUAAUCCAAACCUUUUUCCCACAGGUUUUGAUAAAACACUAAUAAUAAUAAUAAU